CCUGUAGUGGAGAGCUAGAUCUCCGCGCACCGUAGCUUCCCCAGCCCCGGAGUCCGACCUGGAGUCGUGGCCCCUCAAACUUUGUUUCCUUGUUUCUCCUGGCAACAGCCACUUCCGGGAGCGAGUUUGGUUCCCCCGGCACAGCGGAGGCCGGAGCUCUGAGUUCCGGCCUAACUGCCAGCAGCAGUUAGUCGGUCGACGCGGUUCGCCUGGCGGGUGACCGCGGCCCGCUCCUCCCCCGGCCUUCUCGCUGUCUCGGCGGCGCCUCCGGGGCCACCAUGGUUCUGCUGCACGUGAAACGGGGCGACGAGAGCCAGUUCUUGCUGCAGGCACCAGGGAGCACGGAGCUGGAGGAGCUUACCGUGCAGGUGGCCCAGGUUUACAACGCGCGGCUCAAGGUGCAGCGCAUCUGCUCAGAAAUGGAAGAAUUAGCAGAACAUGGCAUAUUUCUCCCUCCUAAUAUGCAAGGACUGACCGAUGACCAGAUUGAAGAAUUGAAAUUAAAGGAUGAAUGGGGCGAAAGGUGUGUACCCAGUGGAGGUUCAGUAUUUAAAAAGGAUGAUAUUGGACGAAGGAAUGGGCAAGCUCCAAAUGAAAAAAUGAAGCAAGUUUUAAAGAAGACUAUUGAAGAAGCCAAAGCAAUAAUCUCUAAGAAACAAGUGGAAGCCAACAUCUGCGUUACCAUGGAGAUGGUGAAAGAUGCCUUGGACCAGCUUCGAGGUGCGGUGAUGAUCGUCUAUCCCAUGGGGUUGCCACCAUACGAUCCCAUCCGGAUGGAAUUUGAAAAUAAAGAAGAUCUGUCGGGAACUCAGGCAGGACUCAGUGUCAUCAAAGAAUCAGAGGCACAGCUGUGGUGGGCAGCCAAGGAGUUAAGAAGAACGAAGAAGCUUUCAGACUACGUGGGGAAAAAUGAAAAAACCAAAAUCAUCGUCAAGAUUCAGCAAAGGGGACAAGGAGCUCCAGCCCGCGAACCCAUCAUUAGCAGUGAGGAGCAGAAGCAGCUGAUGCUGUAUUAUCACAGAAGACAAGAGGAGCUCAAGAAACUGGAAGAAAAUGACGAUGACUCCUGCCUAAAUUCUCCGUGGGCAGAUAACACCGCUUUGAAAAGACAUUUUCAUGGCGUCAAAGACAUCAAGUGGAGACCAAGAUGAAGAGCUGAUGAAGCGCUCCAAACUAUGAGCUCGCUUUUCUUCAAACAGCGGUAAUAAUAAAUAAUAACAAGAGGACAUCUGCAACCCUCUGUAAAAGAUGUUGACA